AUGGUUGCAGACAAACACCAGUCCAGCCUGUAUGGGCAGCCCCGGCCCAAGAAAAAAGCCGAGGAUGAGCCCGCCUCCGUGUCCAGCAUGUCAUUCGCGAGCCACAUGUCCUCUCUCAUCUCCUCCUCUAGGGCCACUCCCCACGACCGAGCUCGCCGUUCAAAGAACCCCAAAUCCGACAUCUUCGCCACACAUAACAAAGGCACAGCGAAGCGUGCAGCUGCAGACCUUGAGGAAUCAGACCACCAUGUCUCAAAGCAAGUCCAUCUCUCCAGCAAGGAACUCGGUACGGUCGAUGCUGCGACGCUUGAACGGUCUAAGCGGAAGAUGGAGAGGAAGGUUCGCCUUUACGAUGAUAUGAAGAAGGGAUUACAUCUUGCAGCCGAUAGCAGCGAUGAGGACGGAGAUGGUCCCAAAACUCAGUCCGACGAAUACAUGGCACGGCUUCGACGCCGGGAGAAGGAGGGACUCAUCGAUUUCGAUCGUAAGUGGGCCGACGAAGAGAAGAAAAGAGAAGAUGCCGAAGGCUCCGACAAAGAAAGCGAGGACGAUGAAAAUGCUUCAAUCAUCUCCUACGAGGACGAGUUUGGACGUACUCGACAUGGCACCAGGGCUGAAGCAGCUCGCGCUACUCGCGAAAAGGAGGCCGAAGAAAGAGGGGAGACCGAGCAAGAGCGGUGGCGUCCCAAGCGCCCGGACCAUCUAAUCUAUGGUGAAGCCAUUCAGACGGAGGCCUUUAAUCCGGAUGAGAAAGUUGCUGCUCAGAUAGCAAAUCUUGCCUCCCGACGAGAUCGAUCCGUAACUCCCCCAGAGCAGCUGCAUUACGAUGCUGAUUCCGAAAGACGAACUCUUGGCACUGGCUUCUAUGCUUUCUCAAAAGACGAGGAGACCCGCAAGAAGCAGAUGGCGGAGAUGGAGGAGAAACGGGAGGCGACUAUUCGAGAGCGCAAUAGGCUCAAGGAACGAGCUAAGGUUCAUCAGGACAAAAUGGAUGCGCGACGGCUGGAAAUUGAGAAGUUGAGGGCCAAGCGAAUGGUAGUUGAGCAGCUGAAAGCUGAGCGACGCUCGGAGCUGUUCAUGAAUGUUUUGGAGCAACAAUUCAGCGCUGCGCACCCGGAGGGUGAGCAGAAUGAUGCCGUGGAUGAUGCCAAUUCCAUCCAGCCCUGA